CCGAGCCCAGUUAAUAAGACAUCCUUUGGAGAGCUUUUUUAUAACAAUUUCAAGAAAUCUAAAAAAUUCAAGAUGGUCCACUGGACUGAAGCUGAGCGUGCUGCCAUCAGCAGCCUGUGGGGAAAAUUGAGCGUCGACGAAAUCGGACCCCAGGCCUUAUCCAGGCUCCUGAUCGUGUAUCCCUGGACUCAGCGGUACUUCAGUACCUUCGGUAACCUGUCCAGUCCCGCUGCCAUCUUGGGCAAUGCCAAAGUAGCCGGGCACGGAAAGGUCGUAAUGGGUGCAUUGGACAAGGCUAUUAAGAACAUGGAUAACAUCAAGGCUGUCUACAGUGAUCUGAGUGUGAUGCACUCCGAAAAACUUCAUGUCGACCCCGAUAACUUCAGGCUUCUGGCCGAUUGCAUCACUGUGUGUGUGGCUGCCAAGUUCGGACCCUCCGUGUUCAACGCUGAUGCACAGGAGGCGUUCCAGAAGUUCCUCGCGGUGGUCGUCUCCGCCCUCGGCAGGCAGUACCACUAAAAGCGCAACUGCUCACCUCACCGAAACUGCAGAAUAAAGCCGGCCACAUGUUCUGAUGGAUCACUGUGUGACUGGAUUUGAAAAAUAAAAAUUACAUCAAAAGCAA